AUGGCUGAAGGGGGUGAAGGAGGGGAAGAUGAAAUACAGUUCCUACGAACUGAUGAUGAAGUAGUACUGCAGUGUGUCUCCAGCAUCCACAAGGAACAAAGGAAGUUUUGCUUGGCAGCGGAGGGGCUUGGGAAUCGCCUGUGCUUUUUGGAACCAACAUCAGAAGCUAAAUAUGUUCCUCCAGACCUUUGCAUCUGUAAUUUUGUGCUUGAACAGUCCCUGUCUGUCAGAGCCCUUCAGGAGAUGCUGGCCAGCACAGGGGAUAAUGCCAGUGAAGGGGCAGCUCAAGGGGGUGGUCACAGAACCCUGCUAUAUGGCCAUGCCAUACUACUGCGACAUUCGUUCAGUGAAAUGUAUUUGACCUGUUUAACAUCCUCGAGAUCCCAGACGGAUAAACUUGCCUUUGAUGUGGGACUGCGAGAGAAUGCAGCAGGUGAGGCCUGCUGGUGGACAAUCCAUCCUGCUUCUAAGCAGAGGUCAGAGGGAGAGAAGGUUCGGAUAGGUGAUGAUCUCAUCCUGGUCAGUGUGUCCUCUGAGCGAUACCUGCAUCUCUCCAUAUCAAAUGGAAGUAUUCAGGUGGAUGCCUCCUUUAUGCAGACACUGUGGAAUGUACAUCCUACAUGCUCAGGAAGCAGCAUUACAGAAGGGUAUCUCCUUGGAGGGCAUGUGGUGCGUUUGUUCCAUGGCCAUGAUGAGUGCUUGACAAUUCCAUCGACAGACCAGAAUGAUUCACAGCACAAGAAAGUUCUGUAUGAAACUGGAGGAGCUGGGGUGCGGGCACGGUCGCUGUGGAGAGUAGAACCCCUGCGGAUAAGCUGGAGUGGAAGUAACAUGAGAUGGGGAGAGCCUUUCCGUCUUCGACAUAUCACCACAGGGAAGUACUUGGCUCUGAGUGAAGAUGAAGGACUUGCAAUGUUAGACAGGGAAAAGUCAGACACAACAUCUACUGCCUUUUGUUUCAGAGCAUCAAAGGAGCUGAAGGAAAAGCAGGAUUCUAGUCUGAAACGUGACAUGGAUGGAAUGGGAGUCCCAGAAAUCAAGUAUGGGGAUUCAGUCUGUUUUGUCCAACAUGUGGCCAGUGCCUUAUGGCUGACUUACAAAGCACAAGAUGCUAAAUCAGCACGGUUAGGGCCCUUGAAGAGAAAGGUUAUAUUACACAAGGAAGGCCACAUGGACGAUGGUCUAACCUUACAGAGGUGUCAGCAUGAGGAAUCCCAGGCCGCUCGAAUCAUUCGCAACACCACGAGCUUGUUCAGCCAGUUCAUCAGUGGAAACAACAGGACACUGUCCCCCACUGCCCUGCCUGUUGAGGAGAUGGCUCAGACUCUGGAAGAUCUGAUUACUUACUUCCAGCUUCCCAAAGAAGACCUGGAACACGAAGAUAAGCAAAGCAAGCUUCGGUCACUCAAAAACAGACAGAACUUGUUCAAAGAAGAGGGAAUGCUGGCCCUGGUUUUGAAUUGCAUCGAUCGCUUCAACGACUACAACAGCACAGCUCACUUUGCAGCACUCACAAGAGAAGAACAUGGGACAGCAUGGAAAGAAAUUUUGAAUCUCCUUUACAAACUCUUAGCUGCUCUCAUUCAUGGCAACAGAAACAAUUGCACUCAGUUUUCCAGCAACCUCGAUUGGCUAAUAAGUAAAUUGGACAGAGUAGAAUCUUCCUCAGGUAUUUUGGAAGUGUUGCACUGCAUCUUGAUUGAAAGCCCUGAAGCUUUAAAUAUGAUAGCUGAGGAGCACAUCAAGUCCAUCAUCUCCCUCCUGGACAAGCAUGGGCGCAACUACAAGGUUCUGGAUGUGCUUUGCUCUCUCUGUGUCUGUAAUGGAGUUGCAGUUCGUGCCAAUCAAAAUUUGAUCUGUGACAAUCUGCUGCCUAGAAGAGACUUACUCCUGCAGACACGUUUGAUCAAUGAUGUGACAAGCAUAAGGCCAAACAUCUUUCUGGGUGUUGCUGAGGGUUCUGCACAGUACAAGAAGUGGUACUUCGAGUUAAUAAUCGAUCAGGUUGAUCCCUUCCUGACGGCAGAGCCAACCCAUUUGCGAGUUGGGUGGGCAUCCACUUCAGGCUAUGCCCCCUACCCUGGAGGUGGAGAAGGAUGGGGAGGCAAUGGUGUUGGUGAUGACCUGUACUCUUAUGGUUUUGAUGGCCUUCAUCUGUGGUCUGGUCGAGUACCCAGAGCUGUAGCAUCUGUCAAUCAGCAUUUAUUAGCAUCUGAUGAUGUGGUGAGCUGCUGCUUGGACUUAGGGGUCCCGAGCAUUUCAUUCCGCAUUAACGGACAGCCUGUGCAGGGGAUGUUUGAGAACUUCAGCACAGAAGGGUUCUUCUUCCCUGUUGUGAGCUUAUCAGCAGGUGUGAAAGUUCGUUUCUUACUGGGUGGACGUCAUGGAGAGUUUAAAUUUCUCCCUCCUGCUGGCUAUGCUCCCUGCUAUGAAGCAUUGCUUCCAAAAGAGAAGAUGAAGCUGGAACCAGUUAAAGAAUACAAGAGAGAUUCUGAAGGAGUGAGGGAUUUGCUGGGUACAACACAGUUUCUUUCCCAAGCUUCCUUUAUCCCUUGUCCAAUAGAUACCAGUCAGAUUGCUCUUCCCUUUCAUCUUGAAAAGAUCAGGGACAAACUAGCAGAAAAUAUUCAUGAACUGUGGGGAAUGAAUAAAAUAGAACUGGGAUGGACAUAUGGCAAGAUACGGGAUGAUAACAAAAGGCACCAUCCUUGUCUUGUGGAGUUCUCCAAAUUACCUGAGACGGAGAAGAAUUACAAUCUACAGAUGUCAACUGAAACCCUCAAGACCCUUUUGGCCCUUGGAUGCCACAUUGUUCAUGCUCAUCCAGCAGCUGAGGAAGAUCUUAAAAAAGUCAAACUUCCUAAAAAUUACAUGAUGUCAAAUGGGUAUAAACCUGCCCCUCUUGACCUUUCUGAAGUGAAAUUGUUACCUGCUCAAGAAUUUCUAGUUGACAAACUGGCAGAAAACGCACACAAUGUCUGGGCAAAAGACAGAAUAAAGCAAGGAUGGACCUAUGGCAUUCAGCAGGACCUGAAGAACAAGCGGAACCCUCGCCUGGUGCCAUAUGCACUGCUAGAUGAACGCACCAAAAAAUCCAACAGAGACAGCCUGAGGGAGGCUGUCAGGACAUUUGCAGGCUAUGGGUACAGCAUUGAGCCACCUGACCAAGAGAUAGCUGUCCAAACAGUGGAAAAAGUCAGCAUUGACAAGAUAAGAUUUUUCAGAGUAGAACAGUCUUAUGCAGUGAAGUGUGGAAAAUGGUACUUUGAAUUUGAAGCUGUGACAGGUGGAGAUAUGCGUGUCGGCUGGGCCAGGCCAGGCUGUCGACCUGACAUUGAGUUGGGAAGUGAUGACCAAGCAUUUGUAUUUGAAGGAAGCAAAGGCCAGCGUUGGCACCAAGGCAGUGGAUUCUUCGGACGAAGCUGGCAUCCAGGAGAUGUGGUUGGUUGUAUGAUAAACUUGGAUGACAAAUCAAUUAUCUUUACUCUGAAUGGAGAGCUGCUUAUAACCAGUAAAGGUUCAGAACUUGCAUUUGCUGACUUUGGAGUAGAAAGUGGUUUUGUUCCGAUCUGUGCCCUGGGCCUGUCUCAGAUUGGUCGCAUGAACCUGGGGAUGGAUGCCAGUACCUUCAAGUUUUAUACAAUGUGUGGCCUUCAAGAAGGAUUUGAACCCUUUGCCGUCAACAUGAACCGAGAUGUCGCUAUGUGGUUUAGCAAACGCUUGCCGACCUUUGUCAACGUGCCAAAGAACCAUCCUCACAUCGCAAUCUGGAGGAUUGAUGGAACCAUUGAGAGUCCUCCUCGGUUAAAAGUGACUCACAAAACCUUUGGCACACAGAACAGCAAUUCAGACAUGAUAUACUGUCGGCUGAGCAUGCCCAUUGAGUUCCACUCAUCAUUCAGCUUCAGUGUGGGGGUGGAAAAUGCCUCAUCUGAUCCCUACCAGAAACGAAAGCACAGCCAAGAAAUCGCUGCUCCUUCUACUACAUAUUUUUAUUCCCUGCGGAUCUUUGCUGGCCAAGACCCCUCCUGUGUCUGGGUUGGCUGGGUAACCCCAGACUAUCACUUUUACAGUGAGAAUUUCGACCUAAACAAAAACUGCACAGUGACAGUGACGUUAGGUGAUGAGAGAGGCAGGGUUCAUGAGAGUGUGAAGCGCAGCAAUUGCUACAUGGUGUGGGGAGGAGAUGUGAUUGCUAAUUCCCAGAGGUCAGGGCGCAGCAAUGUUGAUCUGGAGAUUGGCUGCUUUGUAGACCUGGCCACUGGAAUGCUCUCCUUCACGGCCAAUGGCAAAGAGCUGGGCACUUGUUACCAGGUUGAACCAAACACAAAGCUUUUUCCAGCGACAUUUGUGCAGCCCACAAGCACUAAUUUGGUUCAGUUUGAACUUGGCAAAUUAAAGAACACCAUGCCUCUAUCAGCAGCAAUUUUCAAAAGUGAGGAAAGAAAUCCUGUUCCUCAGUGUCCCCCUCGCCUUGACGUGCAAACCAUCACCCCGGUCCUGUGGAGCAGGAUGCCAAACAGCUUCCUGAAAGUGGAAACUGAGCGCGUCAGCGAGCGCCAUGGCUGGGUCGUGCAGUGCUUGGAGCCCCUGCAGAUGAUGGCUCUUCACAUCCCUGAGGAAAACAGAUGUGUUGAUAUUUUGGAGCUCUGUGAACAAGAAGAUUUGAUGAAGUUUCAUUACCACACUUUAAAACUCUAUAGCUGUGUUAGUGCUCUGGGUAACACUAGGGUUGCUUAUGCACUUUGUAGCCACGUGGACGUAUCUCAGCUCUUUUAUACCAUAGAUAACCAAUACUUACCUGGGCUCCUGCGGUCUGGAUUCUACGACUUGCUCAUCAGCAUUCAUUUGGACCAUGCCAAGCAAGCCAAGCUCAUGAUGAACAAUGAAUUUAUCAUUCCAGUAACAGAUGAAACUCGCACUAUUAAAUUAUAUCCUGAUGAAACCAAGAAGCAUGGGCUACCUGGAGUAGGGCUCAGCACGUGUCUGAAACCAAGCUUUAAUUUUUCUACUCCAUGUUUUAUUAUGACCAGUGAAGAACAUCAGGCAUCUAGCCCAGAGAUCCCCCUGGACACACUGAAAUCCAAGGCCAUAAGCAUGUUGACAGAGGCAGUGCAGUGUAGUGGCAGCCACAUACGAGACCCUGUGGGAGGACAGGUUGCAUUCCAGUUUGUUCCUGUUCUUAAACUGAUAGCAACACUGCUCAUAAUGAGGGUUUUUGAUGAUGAUGAUGUGAAGCAGGUGUUACUCCUCAUUGACCCCAACGUGUUUGGAGACCACAAGGAAGAAACAGAAGAAAGGACAGAGAAAGAAAUUGUGACCCAGGUUGAAGAAAAAGCUGUAGAAGCUGGGGAGAAAGCAGUAAAAGAAACAAAAGCUCCUGCAAAGGGCUUGUUGCAGACAAGAUUACCAGAAUCUGUUAAGCUUCAGAUGUGUCAUUUACUGAAUUAUUUCUGUGACUGUGAGCUGCAGCACAGGGUGGAAGCCAUCGUGUCCUUUGCAGACCGUUACGUGUCCAAGCUGCAGUACAAUCAGAAGUACAGGUACAACGAGCUCAUGCAGGCCUUGAACAUGUCUGCUGCUCUCACUGCCAAGAAGACAAAGGAGUUUCGCUCUCCUCCUCAAGAACAGAUUAAUAUGUUGCUGAAUUUUCAACUGGGGGAGGAUUGUCCCUGUCCAGAGGAGAUUCGGGAUGAGUUAUAUGAAUUUCAUGAUGAUCUUCUGAUUCACUGUGGUAUUCCACUUGAAGAGGAGGAAGUGGAAGAAGAAGAUUCCUCCUUGACUGGUAAACUCCGUUCCUUAAUGUACAAGAUCAAAGGUCCACCAAAAGCAGAAAAAGUAGAACCUAAAGAGGAAGAAGAGAAAUCUCCUACUACCCUGAAGGAGCUGAUCUCCCAGACAAUGGUGCGCUGGUCCCAGGAGGAUGAGAUCCAGGACCCGGAGCUGGUUCGGAUCAUGUACACCCUGCUGCGCCGGCAGUACGACAGCAUCGGGGAGCUGCUGCAGGCUCUGAGGAAAGCCUACACCAUCAGUGCUGCCUCUGUGCAGGACACCAUCAACCUGCUGGCAGCACUGGGCCAGAUUCGCUCCCUUCUCAGCGUCAGGAUGGGAAAAGAGGAAGAACUGCUGAUGAUCAAUGGCUUAGGGGAUAUAAUGAACAACAAGGUGUUCUACCAGCAUCCUAACCUAAUGAGAGUCUUGGGCAUGCAUGAGACUGUGAUGGAUGUGAUGGUGAAUGUGCUUGGAGGAGAUAAAUCUCAGAUCGCUUUCCCCAAGAUGGUGGCAAGCUGUUGCCGGUUCCUCUGCUACUUCUGCCGCAUCAGCCGGCAGAACCAGAAGGCCAUGUUUGAGCACCUCAGCUACCUCCUGGAGAACAGCAGCGUGGGCCUGGCGUUUCCUUCGAUGAGAGGUUCGACACCGCUGGACGUUGCAGCAGCCUCGGUCAUGGACAACAAUGAGCUUGCAUUAGCAUUGGAGGAGCCAGAUCUCGAUAAGGUUGUUACCUACCUGGCAGGCUGUGGGCUCCAGAGCUGCCCAGUGCUCCUGGCUAAAGGAUACCCAGACAUUGGAUGGAACCCCAUCGAGGGGGAGCGCUACCUCUCCUUCCUGAGAUUUGCAGUCUUUGUUAACAGUGAAAGUGUUGAGGAAAAUGCAAGUGUUGUGGUCAAGCUCCUGAUUCGACGGCCAGAGUGCUUUGGACCAGACCUUAGGGGAGAAGGAGGAAAUGGUUUGCUGGCAGCUAUGCAGGAAGCCAUCAGGAUCUCAGAGAAUCCUGCUCGUGACCUUCCCUCCCAGACAUAUAAAAGAGAAGGUGAGGAGGAGGAGGAGGAGGAGGAGGAGGAAAUUGUGCACAUGGGCAAUGCAAUCAUGUCCUUUUACUCAGCUCUCAUCGACCUGCUUGGGCGCUGUGCUCCGGAAAUGCAUCUUAUUCAAAGUGGAAAAGGGGAAGCGAUUCGAAUCCGGUCGAUCCUUCGGUCUCUGGUGCCAACUGAGGAUUUGGUUGGUAUUAUAAGCAUACCACUAAAGCUGUCAACAGUUAACAAAGAUGGCACAGUGAAUGAGCCAGACAUGUCUGCAAGCUUCUGUCCUGACCACAAAGCACCCAUGGUGCUCUUCUUAGACCGUGUCUAUGGGAUUACUGACCAAAGCUUCCUCCUUCACCUGCUGGAAGUCGGGUUUUUACCAGAUCUAAGAGCCUCUGCCUCUUUAGACACUGUUUCUCUGAGCACCACAGAGGCAGCUCUGGCACUGAACAGGUAUAUUUGCUCAGCUGUGUUUCCAUUGCUCAAAAGAUGUGCUCCCCUCUUCUCUGGCACCGAGCACCACGCCUCCCUGGUGGACUCCAUGCUGCACACCAUCUAUCGGCUGUCCAAGGGGCGCUCCCUGACGAAAGCACAGCGAGACACCAUCGAGGAAUGCCUGCUUGCUAUCUGCCACCACUUACGUCCCUCCAUGCUGCAGCAGCUGCUGAGAAGGCUGGUUUUUGAUGUGCCCCUCCUCAAUGAGUACUGUAAAAUGCCUCUCAAGCUUCUGACAAAUCACUAUGAGCAGUGCUGGAAAUAUUAUUGUCUGCCUUCAGGAAUGGGAAGCUGUGGAAUUGCAGCAGCAGAAGAAUUGCAUUUAACUGAAAAACUUUUCUGGGGAAUAUUUGAUUCCUUGUCUCACAAGAAGUAUGAUCCAGAGCUCUUUCGAAUGGCUUUGCCUUGUCUAAGUGCUAUAGCUGGUGCCUUACCCCCUGAUUAUUUAGAUACACGAAUGAAGGCCACUUUGGAAAAGCAGACUUCACUGGAUCCAGAGGGAAAUUUUGAUCCCAAACCUGUCAGCACUGCCAACCUCGUGCUUCCAGAGAAGUUGGAGUACAUUGUCAGCAAGUAUGCAGAACACUCCCAUGAUAAAUGGUCCUUUGACAAGACUAACACUGGAUGGAAAUAUGGUGUUUCACUGGAUGAAAAUAUGAAGACUCACCCAUUGAUAAGACCUUUCAAAACUCUAACUGAAAAGGAAAAGGAAAUUUACCGUUGGCCUGCCAGAGAAUCACUGAAAACCAUGUUGGCCAUGGGAUGGAGCCUAGAAAGGACCAGAGAAGGUGGAGAAGCAGUAAUGCAUCAGCGGGAAAAUGAAAAGCUCCGCAACAUCUCUCAGUCCAGCCAGGGCAAUGGAUAUAGCCCAGCACCCCUUGACCUGUCUAAUGUGGUGCUUUCUAGGGAGCUCCAGGGAAUGGUUGAGGUAAUGGCAGAAAAUUAUCACAACAUAUGGGCCAAAAAGAAGAAAAUGGAGUUGGAAAGCAAAGGUGGAGGUAGUCACCCUUUAUUGGUACCUUAUGACACACUGACAGCCAAGGAGAAGUCACGGGACCGGGAGAAGGCACAGGAGCUGUUCAAGUUCCUUCAAGUCAAUGGCAUUAUCAUAUCUAGGGGGCUGAAUGACAUGGAAUUGGAUGCUUCCUCCAUGGAAAAGAGGUUUGCCUUCAAGUUUCUGAAGAAAAUCCUAAAAUAUGUUGAUUCUGCUCAAGAGUUCAUUGCACAUUUGGAAGCCAUUGUAACCAGUGGGAAAACUGAAAAAUCUCCACAUGAGCAAGAAAUAAAAUUCUUUGCCAAAGUUCUUUUACCAUUAGUUGAUCAGUACUUUACAAACCAUUGCCUCUACUUCCUGUCAUCUCCAACAAAAACCCUCAGCAGCAGUGGAUAUGCAUCAAAUAAGGAAAAGGAAAUGGUAGCAAGCCUCUUCUGCAAACUAGCUGCUCUUGUUAGACAUAGGAUCUCCCUUUUUGGGAGUGAUUCUGCUACAAUGGUGAACUGCUUGCACAUCUUAGCUCAGUCUCUGGAUACCAGAACUGUAAUGAAAUCAGGCUCUGAGCUUGUCAAAGCUGGGUUACGUUCUUUUUUUGAAAACGCAGCUGAAGACCUGGAAAAAACUUCAGAAAACCUGAAACUUGGGAAAUUCACUCACUCCCGGACACAGAUCAAGGGAGUGUCCCAGAACAUCAACUACACCACUGUAGCGCUGCUCCCCAUCCUGACAUCCAUGUUUGAACACAUCUCACAGCACCAGUUUGGCAUCGAUUUACUUUUGGGUGAUGUACAAGUUUCAUGCUACAGAAUUCUUUGUAGCCUCUAUUCCCUUGGGACUGGAAAGAAUAUUUAUGUUGAAAGACAGCGUCCUGCACUCGGAGAGUGCUUAGCAUCUCUUGCAGCAGCCAUUCCAGUAGCAUUCCUCGAACCUUCUCUCAACCAUUACAACCCAUUGUCUGUCUUCAACACUAAAAGUGCAAGAGAAAGAGCAAUUCUAGGUAUGCCUGAUACAGUAGAAGAGAUGUGUCCAGAAAUCCCUCAGCUGGAUGGCUUAAUAAAGGAGAUCAAUGAUUUAGCAGAGUCUGGGGCAAGGUAUACAGAAAUGCCUCAUGUAAUUGAGGUUAUCUUGCCCAUGCUCUGCAACUAUUUAUCCUACUGGUGGGAGAGAGGGACAGAGAGCGUUCCUCAGAGUGCUGGGCCUUGCUGUACAAGGAUCACAUCUGAGCACCUGAGCAUUGUUCUUGGAAACAUCCUGAAAAUCAUUAACAACAACCUAGGAAUAGAUGAAGCAUCUUGGAUGAAAAGAAUUGCAGUUUAUGCUCAGCCCAUCAUCAGCAAAGCCAGGCCUGACCUGCUCAAAACUCACUUUAUCCCAACGCUGGAGAAAUUGAAGAAGAAAGCUAUAAAGAUUGUGAUGGAAGAGGAGCAACUGAAAGCAGACAGUAAAGCUGACACCCAGGAAGCUGAGCUACUGAUUCUGGAUGAGUUUGCUGUUCUCUGUAGAGAUCUUUAUGCCUUCUAUCCAAUGUUGAUACGUUAUGUAGACAACAACAGAGCAAACUGGCUCAAGAAACCAGAUGCGGAUUCUGAUGAACUCUUUCGAAUGGUCGCUGAAGUUUUUAUCCUGUGGUGUAAAUCACAUAAUUUCAAAAGAGAAGAACAAAACUUUGUGAUUCAGAAUGAAAUCAACAACUUGGCAUUUUUAACGGGAGACACCAAAAGCAAGAUGUCUAAAGCCAUGCAAGUAAAGUCUGGAGGACAAGAUCAGGAGAGAAAGAAAUCAAAACGUAGAGGGGAUUUGUACUCCAUACAAACAUCCUUGAUUGUAGCUGCACUGAAGAAGAUGCUUCCUAUUGGUUUGAAUAUGUGCACUCCUGGAGAUCAAGAGCUCAUCUCUUUGGCCAAGACUAGAUACAGCCAUAGGGACACCGACGACGAAGUCAAAGAGCAUUUACGUAACAACUUACACCUGCAGGAAAAGUCUGAUGAUCCUGCUGUGAAAUGGCAGCUAAAUCUGUACAAAGACAUUCUGAAGAGUGAUGAACCUACUGACCCUGAGAGAAAUGUGGAACGUGUGCAGAGGAUAUCAGCUGCUUUGUAUCACCUGGAACAGGUUGAACAACCCCUGCGCUCCAAGAAGGCUGUUUGGCACAAGCUCCUCUCCAAGCAGCGCAAGCGAGCCGUCGUGGCGUGUUUCAGGAUGGCACCCUUGUACAACCUGCCGAGGCACCGCUCUAUUAACCUCUUCCUCCAUGGCUAUCAGAACUAUUGGAUAGAAACAGAGGAAUAUUCAUUUGAGGAGAAACUAGUUCAGGAUUUGGCUACACCUCCAAAAAAAGACGAAGAGGAAGAAGAAGAGACUGAGAAAAAGCAGCCUGAUCCACUUCAUCAGAUCAUCCUCUACUUCAGUCGCAGUGCUCUCACAGAAAGAAGCAAAUUGGAAGAUGAUCCUUUAUACAUUGCCUACUCAGCCAUGAUGGCAAAGAGCUGUCAGGAAGAAGAGGAGGAGGAAGAAGAAGAAAAAGAAAAGACAUUUGAGGAGAAAGAAAUGGAAAAACAGAGAACUCUGUAUCAACAAGCUCGCUUACACGACCGUGGAGCUGCUGAGAUGGUCCUUCAGAUGAUCAGUGCCAGCAAAGGUCAAACAGGACCCAUGGUUGUGGAAACACUAAAACUUGGUAUUGCUAUUCUCAAUGGUGGGAACACCAUAGUUCAACAGAAAAUGCUGGACUACCUCAAGGAGAAGAAGGAUGCUGGAUUUUUUCAAAGUCUCUCUGACUUAAUGCAGUCUUGCAGUGUUCUUGACUUGAAUGCCUUCGAGAGACAAAACAAAGCAGAAGGCCUGGGGAUGGUUACUGAAGAAGGAACUCUCAUCGUUCGUGAGCGUGGUGAAAAAGUGUUGCAGCAUGAUGAAUUUACUCGAGAUCUAUUUAGAUUUUUGCAGCUGCUCUGUGAAGGGCAUAACAAUGACUUUCAGAACUACCUGCGUACUCAGAUGGGCAACACCACCACUGUCAACAUCAUCAUUAGUACAGUUGACUAUCUGCUGCGUCUUCAGGAAUCAAUCAGUGACUUCUAUUGGUACUAUUCAGGAAAGGAUGUCAUUGAUGAGUCAGGACAACGAAACUUCUCUAAAGCCCUGGCUGUCACCAAACAAAUCUUCAAUUCCCUUACAGAAUAUAUCCAGGGCCCUUGUAUAGGUAAUCAACAGAGUCUGGCUCAUAGCAGGCUGUGGGAUGCAGUUGUUGGCUUCCUUCAUGUCUUUGCCAAUAUGCAGAUGAAGCUUUCCCAGGACUCUGCUCAGAUUGAAUUGCUUAAAGAACUGCUCGAUCUGCUCAAGGAUAUGGUGGUGAUGCUGUUGUCACUGCUUGAAGGUAACGUUGUCAAUGGAACCAUUGGAAAGCAGAUGGUGGACACGCUUGUGGAAUCAUCUAGUAACGUAGAAAUGAUUUUGAAGUUCUUUGAUAUGUUCCUGAAGUUAAAAGAUCUGACCAGCUCAGAUGCUUUCAAAGAGUACGACCCAGACGGCAAGGGCAUCAUUUCAAAGAAGGAAUUCCAGAAAUCGAUGGAGGCUCAGAAGCAAUACAUCCAGUCCGAGAUCGAGUUCCUGCUGUCCUGUGCAGAGGCUGAUGAAAAUGAUAUGUUUAACUAUGUGGAUUUUGUGGAAAGGUUCCACGAACCAGCCAAGGACAUUGGGUUCAACGUAGCAGUGCUGCUAACAAACCUGUCGGAGCACAUGCCCAACGAUUCGCGGCUCCAGAGCCUGCUGGAACCUGCAGAAAGUGUCCUCAACUACUUUGAGCCCUACCUCGGCCGCAUUGAAAUAAUGGGUGGGGCCAAGAAAAUAGAAAGAGUUUACUUUGAAAUCAGUGAGUCCAGCAGGAUGCAGUGGGAGAAGCCACAGGUGAAGGAAUCCAAAAGGCAGUUCAUCUUUGAUGUGGUAAACGAAGGUGGAGAGCAGGAGAAAAUGGAACUCUUUGUGAACUUCUGUGAGGACACCAUCUUUGAAAUGCAGUUAGCAUCCCAGAUCUCUGAGACAGACCCAGCUGAGAGGCCUGAGGAAGAGGAAGAAGCAGAGCCUUGCUAUCUGGUGGAUAUUGGAGUUGAUGAGGAAGAAGACAAGUCCCUGGAAUCUGCUUCAGCUUUUGCCAUGGCCUGUGUGGCAGUGAAGAGGAACGCUGCAAACUUUUUCAAGCUGGUCACUGUGAAGAACCUGAGGAAACAGUACAGGAAGGUUCGGAAGAUGACGGUCAAAGAGCUGGUGAAAGUCUUUUUCUCCUUCUUCUGGAUCCUCUUUGUAGGGAUGUUCCAGCUGUUCUUUAGCAUAGUGUGGGGAGUUUUCCAGAUUCUUUGGAGCACCGUGUUUGGGGGGGGCCUCGUUGAAGGAGCCAAAAACAUUAAAGUUACUAAAAUAUUAGGGGACAUGCCCGACCCAACACAGUUUGGAAUCCACGAUGACGUCAUGGAAGCAGAAAAAGCUGAAGGUGCUGAGCACAGCAUCAGAGCUGAACUUGUGCAGUUUGUGAAGAGUGAAAAGGGAGAAGCUGACAUCCUCUCAGACAUCUUUGGCAUCCAUACAAAGAAAGAAGGUGGCUCAAAACACGGCCAUGAUGCUGGGCUUGGAGAUAUCGCAGAAAUCCUUGGCGCUGACCUCCAGUCGUCCUUGGAGAACACAGUCUGUAAGAAGAAAGGGUUACAGAUGUCUGAAAUUGCAAAGGCUGAAGCAGAAAGAAAAGCAGGAGCUGAGAAGGCUGACAUGGAAGAUGGUGAGAAACAAGAUAAGGCAAAGGAAGUGCAGUCUGAGCAGCUGGAAGAGGGGAAAACAAAGAAAAAGAAGAGAAGGCAUGGGCAGAAAAUUGAGAAACCAGAGGCUGUUAUGGCAAACUUCUUCAAAGCUUUGGAAAUCUACCAAACAAAAAUGCUGCACUACUUGGCAAGAAAUUUUUACAACUUAAGGUUUCUUGCUCUAUUUGUUGCAUUUGCCAUCAACUUUAUUCUUCUGUUUUACAAGGUGACAGAAGAGCCACUUGAUGAAGUAGAGGAACCUAAUCUCUGGAAUUCCUUUGAUGAAGAGGAAGAGGAGGAUGGCAUGGUGUUUUUUGUUCUAGAAGAAAGCACAGGUUACAUGGCACCUGCUCUCAGAGCACUGGCAGUGGUUCAUACAAUCAUCUCCUUUGUCUGUGUGGUUGGAUACUAUUGCUUGAAGGUCCCUCUGGUCGUGUUCAAGAGAGAAAAGGAGGUAGCCAGGAAGCUGGAGUUUGAUGGGCUGUACAUAACGGAGCAGCCCUCUGAAGAUGACAUCAAAGGGCAGUGGGAUCGCCUGGUUAUAAACACUCCGUCCUUUCCUAACAAUUACUGGGACAAAUUUGUAAAAAGGAAGGUUAUUAACAAGUACGGAGACUUGUACGGAGCGGAGCGCAUCGCAGAGCUCCUGGGCUUGGACAAGAGCGCCCUGGACUUCAGCCCAGUGGAGGAGAGUGAACCAGAAGAAGCAUCUCUUGUGUCAUGGCUCAGCUCCAUUGACACGAAGUACCACAUCUGGAAGCUGGGAGUUGUUUUCACUGAUAAUUCCUUUCUCUACCUGGCUUGGUACACGACGAUGUCCAUCCUGGGGCACUACAACAACUUCUUCUUUGCUGCUCACCUGCUGGAUAUUGCCAUGGGGUUCAAGACCCUACGAACCAUUUUGUCUUCAGUCACUCACAAUGGCAAACAGCUGGUGCUGACUGUAGGACUCCUGGCUGUCGUAGUCUACCUGUACACGGUGGUGGCCUUCAACUUCUUCCGCAAGUUCUACAACAAAAGCGAAGACGAAGACGAACCAGACAUGAAGUGUGACGACAUGAUGACAUGUUACCUGUUCCACAUGUAUGUGGGGGUGAGAGCUGGUGGUGGCAUUGGAGAUGAGAUCGAGGAUCCUGCUGGAGACCCUUACGAGAUGUAUCGGAUUGUCUUUGACAUCACCUUUUUCUUCUUUGUCAUAGUCAUCCUGCUGGCCAUCAUUCAAGGUCUGAUUAUUGAUGCUUUUGGGGAGCUAAGAGACCAGCAAGAACAAGUGAGAGAAGAUAUGGAGACCAAGUGCUUCAUCUGUGGCAUCGGCAAUGACUACUUUGACACCACUCCACAUGGCUUUGAAACACACACCCUGCAAGAACACAACUUGGCAAACUACCUGUUCUUUUUAAUGUAUCUCAUUAACAAGGAUGAAACAGAGCACACUGGCCAGGAGUCCUUUGUGUGGAAGAUGUACCAGGAGAGGUGCUGGGACUUCUUCCCAGCGGGGGACUGCUUCCGGAAGCAGUAUGAGGAUCAGCUGGGCUAAGGUCGCUCGCAGGAGGAGUCAUUGACUCAUGGACUGUUGAGAUCCAGUACACAAAAACACUUCUUUUCUUCUCAUGGUGUAAUGUCACAGCUUGUGUUUGCUUUAAAUGUCUUCAAACUUCAGGACAGACAUAAAACCCGACAGGAUUUCAUAGGCUUUCCGCACUCACCACACACAAAAGAAGUCUUUUGGUGGAAUUCUCAUGAGAAGAACCACGCCAGAGUCACUGGAGCCUUUCUGUUCAAAGGUGGUCUGCAAGGAGAGCAACUCUCCAACCACAGCAUUAACCUGGUGUCUGGCAGUACAGCUGAAAGGGCUAAAAGGUGUCUUAAUUGCACAAUGUUUAAGAACUUGAACAUCAGAGGCCAUGCCUCAUAAAAAAAAUAUUUUACCUAACUGCUGUCUAGUUUUUCCCAGCCCAGUAUUUGCUAGUGAAUGUAUUCAAGAUCCAGCUUGAGAAGCUUUAAGGAGUUAGAAAGAAAACAUUUUCAAACACUUUGGUGACCUUGGAACAUGAAGUGCCUUAAAACCUCUGCAGACAUAGCUAUGCAAAGUUUUUAUUUGUUAGUGUUGUAGCCAAACAGAUCCAUUAUCUGUACUGCUUUUUUUGUCUUUCUCUAGGAAAUGGCACUUGAAGUUUGUUUCUGUACUACCUUCAAUGACAGCUUAUUAGGUGCUGCUGUUAAAGGACAUAGACUGUAUCAAAAGGAACAGAACUGAACUCUUAGCCCCACAUAACAAAAUGCUCUAUGGUCACCUGUGAGUAGAAGCUGCCAGGAUUAUGCAUUUUUUUUUUCUUCUACUAAAAAGUGCCCACUGCAAUAAAGUAUCA